AUGUUUUUAGAACGCCGCUUCGGCCCAACUCCACCGUCUCUCCUGGACUUCUUGAAGAAAGUCCUUAGAGAAUACACAGAUGGACAAAUAAUGAAGAUCAGUUACACCAAGGUGCUUAUCAAACCGUUAGUCGAAUGUGGCCAGGGACAUGGCAUGUCCCUCAGCGAAAUUGUCCAGAAUGCCGAGGACGCUGGUGCCAAGACGGUUCGAUUUUUGUACGACUGCCGCGAACACGGAACAAGUUGCCUCCAUUGGCCAUCUCUCGCCCCUUAUCAAGGCAGAGCUCUGUACGCUUAUAACGACGCCCUCUUCAAGGAGCGAGACUGGGCUGGGAUCCAGUCACCAGCCCGAAGCAACAAGGAAGAUAACCCACUGAAAGUUGGACGAUUCGGCAUCGGAUUCAGCUCCGUCUACCAUCUCACCGAUUUGCCAAGCAUCCUCAGCGGAGAAACGCUUGCUUUCAUUGAUCCACAUGAGCGUCAUUUCGGACGUGGAGAAACAGGAACCCAACUGCAAGUGAUCGAGGAUGCCGACAUCUUAAAUUCACCAGAAUUCGUGGAUCAAUUUACCCCGUACAACAACCUGUUCCCUGAAACGACUUACGCCAUCGGUGAUGGGCAACCCUUUGAUGGAACUGUGUUUCGAUUCCCUAUACGGCAACAGGGCAGCGAACUCUGUGAAAAUGAGUACGAUGACGCCGCUAUGGCACGGCUCCUGGAAUCCUUCGUCGACGAUGCUGACGUCGUACUGCUUUUUCUUCGAUCACUGGAGACAAUCGACAUCAGCAGGAGGAUAGAUCAGGCUCAAACUCAGAUCAGAUCCAGAGUAGAGAUAUGCCCCAAAUCUCUUGCGUUGAUGAAGUCAGAACGAGAGAGCUUCUCCCAUGCAUUAGAAGAAAACAGUAAGAUGAGAAUCGGAGAAAGAACUCGAGCCUGUUUGACUCAUCAGCUCACGUUGACUUUGCAGAUCGCAGAGUCCAAACGUCGUAUGGAUUGGAUCGUGAGUCAGAUUGUGGGAGGCAGUGAGAUGAACGACGAUGUAUUGAGUGUGGCUGACAAACACGGAUACAUACCUUGGGUCGGUGUUGCCAUGCCUUACAAAAUGCCGCGUAAAAGACGAAAUGAUUUCAGCGGUCGAGUGUUUUGUUUCCUCCCUUUGCCUCCCGGUGAUGAGAGCUUGACAGGACUUCCAGUUCAUAUCCACGGUUUCUUCGGUGUUAACAGCGACAGAAGAUCAAUCAAGUGGCCUGGUGCUGAUCGGGUGCAAGGGGAUAUCGAUGCAAAAUGGAACUUCUUACUGGUGACAAAACUCCUACCAGAUUCAUACAUGAGCAUGCUGAAUUUUGCCAUCAAUGAGCAGAAGCUGCCUCCCGAUGAAAUCUACAGAGCUUGGCCAGACCCAGGUCAGGUCAGACCACAGUGGAAACUGCUUCUUAAACCAAUAUACCAUUUGCUGAGCAAAUAUACAGUCAUCUACACAAAGAAGGGCAAUGAGAUGGGUUCGUGGGUGAAGAUCCAGGAUGCUGUCUUCAACUUCUUGACUGAUGUAGACGAGAACACAGAACGGAUCAUCUUGACUGUCCUCAAAGCGGCUAAUGUCCCUGUAGCUGAAGUACCUCAACACAUCAAGAAAAUCAUCCAAAGCAAAGACUACAUCAACUUCAACGCCAAAGUGAUCUCACCUGAAGUCAUCAUUGAUUGCAUUCACAAGAGCCAACACGGAGUCCUGGAGACCCUGAGCAGCGAUGACAAACUGGUGUUACUAGAGUACAUCAUGACCAGGACGAAGACCCCUCGACUGAUUGGUUUAAGGCUUCUGCCUUUAGCCAACGGCGACUUUGUGCCAUUCGCCACAAGAUCUGCCUCAACGCGGACUGUCUACAUACCCACCAGGGAACUUGACCAGAGCAUGUGCUACAAUAUGGGUAACAGUCUCAUCCUGCCAAACCUCAACGCGGACUUGCUUAAACUCCUGGAAAAAGCUGCUGGACAUGGAUCUGUCCAGUUGCAAAAGAUGUCGGAUAAAAAUCUAGCACGGUUAAUUCGGGAGACUCUUCCUAAAGAAUGGUUCGCGACGGACCACGGACGUACUGUACUCUGGCAUCCUGGCAAAGACAACCAGCCUCCACGAGAAUGGCUAAAAGGUAUUUGGAAGCUACUGAAUGCAUGUCAGCGUAACUCAAUUGAGAAAUACAUAGACCUUCCUCUAAUACAGGUUGAAGAGCGGCAAUCUGGUGAAGUAGUCCUUGCUUUCCUUAAACGGAAUUCAACAUGCAUCAGUCAGAGUUAUGGCUCAGACAAGUUUGAUCGUCAAGAAGAGGUGGUUCUUACCAAGAUUGGCCUUGUCAUCUGUUCUUGUCCUACAUUCAUAGACACUGCUCUGCUCAUCGGUGGCAGUUACCUCAGAAGUCCAUCGAAGAAGGGUGUAAUUGGAGCACUGGCAGCAGUACCAAAUCCAAAAGCGCUACAGAAGACUAUCAAGGGUCUUUCCAAGAAGGAGAGACAGGUAUUGGUAAGAUUCUUCACCAGCUGUUCUCUCACCGAUGUAGAAAGGAAUUUCCUUCGUCAAAUUCCCCUCUUCGAUACCAUUCCAAGAACUCCAUCAGGCCGAGGUAGAGUUGUGUCUGCAAGUGAUGUCAGUCUUGCUUUUUGUCGGACUUCUACAGACCAAUUGCCGCAACAUCACCUUCCGGAGUAUGAUAUGAUUUGCUGCAAUGACGACGCCAUUCUGAAACUCUUUUCAGAUUUAGAGGUGAUUGAGAAACAAAGGAAGGAGUUGUUAACAGACAUUGUCAAUGCUAUUUGCUGUGACGUCAGUGACAAGACCGUUCUUGAGGAUGUAGGAAUGUGGAUAUUGCGUGAUUUGAAAUCUAUCAAACGAGAUAUUGGCAACCAUCUGUUGAAGCUGAAGACACAAGGAUUCAUCCUUACCGGUGCAGGUGAGCUCAAGUCCCCCGACAGUCUCUUUGACCCAGAAGACCGGUACAUGCCUGCGCUCUUCAGCAAAGGUUCCUUUCCAUCUGCGAGAUAUGCAGAUGAAGGGCUCUUGGGAUCAUUACGAGAGCUUGGUUUGCGUCACCAAAGUGAUGUCACAGCAAUUGAAUUAGCCAGGUUAGUUGAAGAAAUAACCAGCGAGAACAACAUCAAGAAAGCAGAUGUCUUAAUGUCAUUCUUGGGAGAAUAUCCAAACAAGCUAAAGGAACCUUUGACCGGAGAAAGUGAUCAAACCUUACAGCAGUUCUUGGCAGACAAAAGAUGCAUCCCAUGUCUUAUGAAGAGCCCGGAAUUCUACCCUCAAGGCAUUCCAUGGCACAGGUCAGAGAGACAAAUGAUCAGUCCAACCGAAACUGUGAACCCUACCAAGGUUAACAUACUAGCUUCUGGUGCAACCAUACCCUUUCCCAAGAAAACCGUUCCACACACCCUCCUGCGUAGUUUAGGAGUUAAAGAACAUCCCAACAUCAAAAAUACCCUUGAACAGAUGGCUGUAGUUUCAAGAUGUCAUGGCAUAGCCGGAACCUCUGAUAGUUCAAGGAAACUAGAGAAGAUGGUUCAUGGUGUGUACAGCUUGCUUUCAGCUGCAAGAAAGGAAGAUGAAGUGAUACUAAAGCUGACAACACGGUUACCUGCAUGUAUUUGGACUGGAACAGGAUUUGUGGAAAUUCAUCGGGCAAUCCUGUCAAGCCGUGAAAAUGCUUUUCACCCUUACAUUUCUUCAAUACCUCAAGAAUUCAGUACCAAGUAUGAAGACCUUUUCCUAGCUCUUGGAGUCAAGAAAUGUAUAUCAAAAACGCAGAUUCAUGAGAUCAUCAUACAGAUUCAGAAGAGCGAGCCAAAGUUGGGUUCUGUGGAAAAGCGGAUGGAAUUCUGCAGAGAAAACAAACGUGUAGUGCAAAAGGCACUGAUACUCUUAGACGAGAUAUGCAAAGGUGACCUUUCCCAGGAGUCCCAAAACAUUCUUGUACCAACCAACGAGAGGAACUUCCUGGAAUUGGUUGACCCUAAGUGCUGCGUUUUUGAAGACGUAAAGGGUCGCGGGGAUUCCGAUGAAGUUCAAGAGAAGCUGAAGGAAGACAACACCUUCAUCGUUGAUGGGACACUGCCUAUUGGCAUUGUUCGCGCUUUGGGGAUUCUACCCCUUGGCCGGAAGAUUCUUGCUGCCGAAGAUUUGACUUGGAUAGAACAAGCAGGUCAGUAUGAACCACUUACCACAAGACUUAAGAACAUCAUUAAAGAUAGCUACCUGGAGAGUUCAAUCCCGAAAGAAAUGAUCCAAAAUGCGGAAGACGCGGGAGCAACAAAGGUAUACUUCAUGUUGGACCUUCGGGAAAAUUCUGAAGCACGUUCAAGCUUGUUUGACAAGGGCAUGGUUGAUUGUCAAGGGGCAACUCUGUGGGUGUACAAUGAUGCAUCUUUUACACCCGAGGAUUUUCAAAACAUCACAAAGCUUGGCGGUGCAACGAAAGAACUUGACACGUCUAAGAUUGGGCGCUUUGGGCUUGGCUUCAACUCUGUUUACCAUCUGACAGAUGUACCCAGCUUCCUGAGUAGAGAGUACUUGCAGGUGUUUGAUCCACAUGCAACUCAUCUUGGAUCCAUGCUUAAAAGCAAAGAAAGUCCCGGUAUCAGGAUAAAUCUGCAAGGGAAAAACAACGCCAUUUCCAUGUACAAAGACCAAUUUUCACCAUACGAAGGUGUUUUCAAUUGUAGUCUGCAAGAAAGUAAUGGGAAUGUUGACUACGAUGGCACACUAUUCCGGUUGCCUCUUCGCUCUAGACAUGCGGCAUUGAGAGGUGAGAUCUCUGACGAAUAUUACGAUGAAGAUAAGUGCAAAUCACUACUCACUGAUCUGUGGCGCUCUUCCGAAGAUUUAUUGGUAUUUACCAAAAAUAUUCAAGAAGUCAAGGCUUUUGUGCUACUACCUAAUGCCAGUCAUCCAUCAGAAUCCAGUCAACUAUUCGCAAUUGAAAAGGAGUCUGAGGGCGGUCGUGAUAUCAUGGCAGAAUUCAAGCAGAGUACAGGAGAUGUCAGAAAACAGAAUCAAAUCACGCCUUUGAUCAAAAAGGAAUGUGUAGUGCGAAACAUAACUCCAUAUGGAAAGAAAUAUCUGAAGACUCAAGAGGAGCCGAGAAAACACGAGCUGAUGUCAGUUACAAGCGUAGGAACAACGUCAGCACACAAGAUGUGGCAAACUUCACAAGGACAAAAGUCGGGACUGGAUCCUGUAGGCGGCGUGGCAGUAAAGUUACCGUUGUCUGGGAAAGUAGACGGUAAACUCUACAAUGGGUUGCCUCUCUCAGUUCCACAAAGUCACCUACCUUGUCAUUGUAAUGGCUUCUUUGCCAUUUCCGCAGACCGUCGACAUCUCUGGAAACCCUCGAGCGACUCAGAUUCAAACUACUUUACGAGAUGGAAUGAUGCUGUUUUCGAAGAUAUCAUAUCAAAGGCCUACGUGACUCUGCUGGCAAAUAAGGAAUUUCAGUGUCAGGUAGCACAAAUGCCGAGCGAAGUACGGAUUUCUGGAGUAAAUAGUUCCUCAGAUAACUUCUACAGGUUGUGGCCUAAUGGAUCUAACAUUAUCCAAGGCAGUGAUGGCUAUGCUAUGCUAAAGGGAUUCUACAACAUAUUGGUAGCCUCUGAUUCACAUGAUGCAAAGAUAUUCUGGGAAGGAGACAGGACGUGGUCAUUCAAAGAGGCCAUCUUUAUUGACCCACUACUACUGGAAUCACCACACGUUGCUUCAUCAGUAAAGAAGGUCCUUCAGAUGCAACACACGAAGCGAAUAGUUACCGAGAUGCCAAAGGAGAUACGAUCUACUCUAGAAAUGCUGGGACUUGGGGAGCAAAUGAAGAGACAUACGUGUUCGAGGCAUGACUUCUUUCAGAAAUUUUUUCUGCCACAGAUAUCUGUCUUUCCAUCCGAGGUACGAGAUCAUCUGACUCACUACUGUUUGUCGAACGUUGACCUACGGGAGACACUGAGAACCAUCGCAUGUAUUCCAACUUCACCAGAUGGUAAGAACUUGAAGAGGCCAGCGGAAUUGAUACACCCGACUGGAAAAGCAAAAAUCCUUUUCGCAGAGGAAGAUGGACGGUUUCCUUACGGCAGCUUUGCCAAUUGGGACUGCUUGCAUUUUCUGGUGCAUUUGGGAAUGGUACAAGAUGACAUAUCUGGCACCGAUUUCAUCAAAUGUGUACAGAAAUUACAGGGUAAACUUACUGACUGUGGGCAUGAUCGCGUACUAGUCGAGUACCUCACUUACAGACUAAAGAAAGAGAAAUCUUCAUGGGCUAAGGACGAAAGCCUUCGGAAUCAACUGAACAACAUAGCCUUCAUUCCUGUCACCUACAGGAAUUCCUCUGUGAGAAAAGCUUCACGUGAUACCAUAUAUGUGUCCGAAAAACUGUCACUGGUCAGCGAGGUUGCCCCGGUUCUAGACGAAAGUAAAAUGUGGAUUCCCCAUCAGGUUAAGAGAUUUCUUGGGAUUGUCCAAGAUCCAGCAGUGGAUGUUGUAUUGCAGCAACUUCAAUCCAUCAGCAGUAGACCAGAAAAUGUUGAAAACCUUCCACGUGUUUGCCAAGAUAUCUAUAGAUUCCUUGACUUGCGACUGAAGAAAGGUGAUGGCAUAGCCCAGAUUCAAGAAUUCUUCCACUCACCUUCAACAAAGAAGUGUCUAUUGGUUGGCAAAAUGUUCAGGACUGCUGAUAAGCUGGCAUUGGAAUUUGAGGAAGAGUGUGUUGGAUCUCACCUCUUUCGUGUCCCCCACAAUCUCCGCGGCUUUGAUGCUCUUCUAUCAACCAUCCACAUGAAAAAACGAUUUUCAACAGACGACUUCUUGUCAACUCUGAAGUGCAUCCAUGACUCAACUUCUGGAAAGCUGGAACAAAGUGGGUUUGAAGAAGUUAUGAAACUCCUGAAAUGUCUGAUCAAUGCUGCAUCGGCAAAUCCGUCGGUAAUGCACGAUGUGCCUCCUACCGAUAUCUAUGUUCCCGAUAGCAACAGCUACCUGAGAACCGCUAAUGAGCUCUCUUUCUGCGACGUGGACUGGAUUUCAGUUCCAGAUGAUGUCAUAACAGCUCACGGUGAUAUCCCUCUUACUUGGGCGAAGAUACUUGGUGUGCGGGAUAUUCGACAACACAUCCUCGAAAGCUACUCCGUACCUGUCCCUGGCCUACACACACUCGAAGCACAGAAUCUAUUGCCUUUCGGACAGCGUGAACCCCUGACAGAGAGAAUAAAAAACAUACUCAAGGGCUACCCCUGCGAUGAUACAAUACUAAAAGAACUUGUGCAGAAUGCGGAUGAUUCCUGUGCCACGGAAGUGCACUUAGUUCUUGAUGUCCGUACCCAUCCAAAAGACCGCCUCUUUAAAGAUGAAAUGUCUCAUUUGCAAGGGCCUGCUCUCUGUGUAUACAACAACAAAUCAUUUACUGAUGCUGACAUAGAGGGUAUCCAACGACUUGGAGUGGGUAGCAAAAGGAACUUGUCCUCAAAGGUUGGAAGAUUUGGUGUAGGCUUCAACGCGGUUUAUCACUUAACCGACUGCCCAAGCUUCUACACAAACGGCGAUACGCUGGGAAUGUUAGAUCCAAAUGUCAAGUAUGUACCUAACGCUACUUUAGCGUGUCCAGGCUUCAUGGCCAAACCAACUGGCAAAUUUGAGGACGAUUUCCCGAACGUUUUCAACUGCUAUCUGCCUGAAUUCUUCGAAGGACAGGGUUCAACUAUGUUCCGAUUGCCCUUACGCACAAAAUCCAUGGCAAAGGUAUCUCACAUAUCUUCGGAGGCACAUGAUGUUAAAAGCGUAAAGGGACUGCUGCGGAAAUUCAAGGAAGGUCUACCUGACCUGCUCCUUUUCUUGAACCACGUUAAAAAGGUCAGCAUAUCCACCAUUGAUGAACAGGGAAACAUGAAGGAUACCUCAAGCGUCCAGGCAAGCAUCUCAGAAUCCAACCAACUAGAUUUAGAUGCAUUUCUUUCUUCAAUAUCGGCUGAAGAAACUGAUCCAGUGACUGGAUUCUCAAAGUUCCUUGAAGACAUUCCAGUAACAGAAGUACAUUACGAUAUGAGAGUCACUGUAACAGAACGACAAGCGAGGGGCGUGAAGACGCAAUCAGACGACUGGCUUAUUUAUCAGCAGCAUGGUUUUGCCAAACCAAACGAAGUCCCUGAUACUGUGUUAGAUGCAUAUAAUAGAGGAGAUCUGCAUGUCUUGCCACAGGGCGGAGUCGCGCUACCUUUGGGUAAACGACUAAUUUCAUCAAAGGCAUACAGUUUCCUUCCCCUUCCUAUAGACACUGGUCUCCCUGUCCAUGUCAAUGGCUCUAUUGAGUUAGAUGAACGAAGGCGGGACAUUUGGAGAGAUAAAGGAGACGCCCGGGCACAGUGGAAUCGUCAAAUAAUGAAGCAGAUCGUUUCACCUGCAUAUGUUAAGGCGCUUUGUUGUCUUCAGGCUAAAAUCAUGACUCGCAUCGACAAAUCAAAGGACGAAUCUGAAUUACAUGACAUUGUAUGGUCAUAUACGGCGUUUCUUCCUGUUACAGCAGAGAACACUUUCUGGAAAGAACUCAUAGAAGACAUCUACAGAACCAUUGCCGACUCCGCCAAGCCAAUGUUCCCUUCGAUUAGGCGAAGUGUAUCGUACAACAGAGAUGGUGAUGACACCAAUGGGGUCAACAACAUAAGAACUCUAGAAUGGAGGACACCACUUGCAGAAUCACAAAUGCAAGGCUUCUUCGACUCUCCAAUCGGAACGGAUCGGAGCCUUAGGUCGGUUGUGUCAGAUCUUGGAUUUCCUCUGAUUGAAUGCUCUCAGAAUGUGCAAACAAUAUUUUCAGACAGCUUGCAGGAUUGCAGAAAGGGGGAUAUUCUUGAAAUCACCCCUGCUCGCUUGAUCAGUCAUCUCUCAAGCAAUGCAGUAGAAGAUGUAGGAUUGGCUCCAAUGGAACUGCCGAAGCAACUUUCUGACACGGUCAUACAGGAUACAGCCACUUUGGGAGUCAUUUUGAACUACUGCUCACAAUGUGAUAUCUUCAAAGACAAUGUUGAGGCUCUUCCUCUUCUAGCAACAUCAGAUGGAAUUCUAAGAACGUUCUCAACUGAAACUCCGGUAUACAUUACCGAGUUUGACUACCUCUUUCCAUCCAGUAGAAGCAAAUUCCUGGAAACAUCGAUAAGGAAGUACUUCAAUGAGGAUUUUGAUGUGAUCUGCCAUUUUGACAUUCCAUGUGUUGCUUCUUUGAUGAGGGAGGAACUAUGUCCUAUCAAAUUCGAAUGCGACCAAUAUGUUCAGUGGGACAAGUCUGAACCGACAGAGGAGUGGAUCACCGGACUAUGGGAAUGUCUUGCUGCAUGCGGAAAUUCUGAUGAUGAGUUAUCAUGUCUUUCGGAGUGGAGCAUUCUUCCAUGCCGCAAGAAUGGAGAUGUGGGUAUGACCCAUCACCUGGUACCAUUGUCAAAAUCUACUUGUGUGAUGUAUAAGCUAAGUGGUAUGUCUCAUAUACUUGGGGCUUUGAGUUCACUCGGGGUUUCUGAAGUUGAUCGGAGUCUAGACUUUGAGGAAGCAGAACAACUUAUCACUAAGAUUGUCGCCCACGAGGAUCGACCUGAUGCAGUGCUUGCAGUGUUCGAUCACGUCAUUCAAACAGACGCCGGCUUGUUCGAUAGGUUGACAACCGCCCAGCGUGACCAUAUCCUGCAAUACUUGACAACCCAUAUGCCAGAGAGACUGGUGGAAAAUGUCGACAACAGAAGGAUUAUUAUGAAUCUCCCUUGCUAUGAACAGAUAGACGGGACAUACGUUUCACUUUCACACACGUCCACUGUCUAUGUGGUAAGAGCAGAUCUACCUAUCGAAGAGAUGACAAAGUGGAUGGCUGAAUACGACUAUAUUUUCCUACGUGAAAAUGUCGGCUUGAAAGAGCUUUUCAAGGCAAUUGGGUGUGUUUUCGUAUCUGAGUGCGACACCAUGUCCAAGUUCAUCUUUCCCAAAUUUCACUUGUUGUCCUCAGAGGUACGGCUCAAACAUCUUGAAACCCUCUCGAGACACAGAUGCCAAAUAGAAGGAGGGGUGGAGAAGUGUAUGAAAGUCGGAGACUUUCCUUUACUGGAAGGCAAUGACGGUGUAUUGAGAUUUGGCAGAGAAUUCUUCGACCGAGGAAACAAAGUGUUUGCAAAAUUGCUCGCAGAGAGUAAAUUUCCCUCGGAAAAAAUCAUCAAGAAAUUUCUACCUUCCUUCUUGCAUAAAUUUGGUGUUCAAGCAGAAGUUACAGCAGAAACGUUUCUUGAAUACGCAAAAGAACUGUCGACAAAUCUGACGAAGGAAAGAAAAGAAAGAAAAAAGCUAGCUGAGCAAUCAAAAACACUCGUGAAAGAGCUGUUUCGGAACUGCACCCUUCACAAGAAUGACUCAUUUCUUAACAGUGUCAAGUCCAUUGACUUCAUCAUCCCCGAUGCCCCAGAAAUCAGUCUAAAGAAACUACAUCCCUAUCAUAUGGACGUGAAUAUGGGAAUAAGAUUCGACUCAUCAAGUUUGCAUGUGAAUGCUCAUCUUGUGUGGUGUUCAAUGAGGCUCCUACCGGAAUACUUUUCCAGGUUGACCCGCUGCUCCCUCCAUACGAAGGAUACCAUCCUUGUAAAGCUUGGUGUGGUGAAAAAACCAACCACUGAAAGCGUCAUUGAGAAUACGAGCAAGAUGUGUUGCAGGGUUCAUGAUCAAGGGAACCAAACUGAAUUUCAGGUAUUGGCCAAAGUCAUGGGCGCGACCUACAUAUUCUUGGAUUCAGCCUGUGAAAGUCAUAAGGUUCAGCGUUGCAGUGAUCGCACGGAUAGAUGCAGAUGUUGUCAAUUGAUAAGCGAAAAGCUUUCAGACGUACCUUGCGUGGUCAUUCAAAGUGUUCCUCCUCUGGUCAGACCUACCCUAGUAUGCCGACAGUUAUGCGGGGAUCUCUUCCAACCUCAUCUUUACCAGCUGCCUGACGGUUUGAUCCCUUUCAGCAAGUUGCUGUACAGUCUAGGAUCCACUCCGACUCCAUCAUUUCUUCAGUUAGCCACAGUACUAAAUGGACUUGCAAGUCACAGUGUGAAAGAAAUGAAGAAUCCCAACAUGCUCAAGGCCAUUACAGCUGCAUCUCAGUUGUUCCUUCAGCAAAUUGAGUCCUUGACAUCAGCCAAACUAAAUAAAGCGUCCUUGCAAGCUGAUUUGGAAGGUAUUCAGGUUGUGCAUCUUCCUGGUUCAUCAAAGGGGAAACUGUUGCCCUCGACAGAUAUCUUCAUCAAAGAUGAAACUGAUCAUACCAAACGCCUUGUAGAAUCCAAUGUACCGUUUCUGCCAGAUGAAGUUACAAAGCAUCUCACAAAUGUCAAUGCAUUGGUGGACUCCAUGCCAAAACAUCUCAAGCCAAGAUCUGUCAAGGCUUGUGUGACCGAGAGAGUCGACUCAUCAGCAAGGCCGUGUCUGUAUCAGCAGGUUGGUCAGUGUAAAUUCGAUACCAGACUAAAUGGUCUUAUAACUUCAAAGGAAUUUGAUGAAGCAAUACAGCGUUUGCUUGAAGUAGGGAGUGAUACUGACGUCAAUGCUGAUCGCCAACGUAUUGAUAAGCUUAAGAACCUAAGGCUACAGUGCAUGGCUGAGUUACCCACCUCCUUGUUCAUUGAUGGUGAGAGGAUUGAAGGUAGUGAAGCAAAAUCCCCUUCCUGCAUGAGUUAUGACGACGAUGAUGCAGAAGAGGCAUGUAUAAGAGUUGUGCAUACCGGGGACAAUGAGCGUUCAGCAUACAUGGAAGUCGUAAAGGGUGUUGCCCAAGCCAUAUUACGACACAUAGGUGGCAUUGGUCAGGAGCAUCUUCCUUUCCUAGUGGACAUGUUGUCGGCGGAUUCCUCACGUGAGAUUCUCAAACUCCUGCGUAGUUACAAGCUGAUGAAAACAGACGGACGAGCUGCCGCGCAUGAUGAAGGAAUGGCUCCACCAAAGCUAGGUUCCAGAAUUCCAAGUGAUAUCUUGCAUCUGCUGGAGCAAGAUCCCUACCUUGGUUUCUUCAAAGGGGAAUACGUGGCGUACCAGAUCAACACUGACAUUGAAAUACACGUUAUCCCCAUCCAUGUCUACGCUCAAGUACUAGAUGUUCCUGAAAAUCUCCUUUCUCCUCUCCGCAACAAAUACCUCAUCGACAUAGGAGAGGAAGAUCCUGUGUGGGUUAGUGGAUUGGACCUAUUCAAAUUCUUGAUGCCGGAAGAGUCUGUAGAUACUGGUAUGGAAAUAAUGGUGUAUUGUCAUUCAGCUGAUGGACAAGGACCAGAGGGCCCAGAUACACCAGAGACUCCGCCUACAAGAGAAGUUCCUCCUCGAACAGAGGCGCCACCUAGACCACAGCCUUAUCCCGAAAACAUUGAAGAAGCCAAAGAACAGGUUACUGUUCAAUUGGAAGAAAUAUGGGAACUUGAUGAAGAGGAACGAAAGAAAGCAGUCAGACGAAUGUACUUGAGAUGGCACCCAGACAAACAUCCUCAAGAAAGAAAACACCUUGCUACUGAAGUCUUCAAGCAUUUGCAAAAUGAAAUUGCUCGCCUAAAAGCAGGAAGAAAACGCACUGGGCAGGCUGGAAAGAGUCAGGGAUCUUCAAGUGGUCCAAGAGGUGGUGGCGAUUUCUUCGACGAUGAUUUUGACGAAUUUAUGAGGAACUGGGCUAGGCAGGAAGGAAGGUGGAGAGAAUCUUACCACAGGAGCUACAGAGAUCGGGGAUAUUUUGGGAAUGCAAGAUCAAGGCAUUGUCCUCCUUCAUUUGACGAUACACCCGAACCCGAUAUGCCAAGAGCCUCAACUUGGUUUAAACAAGCUAAAUCAGACCUGUCAGCAUCCUCUAAUGAUCUUGGAAAAGAAGCAAACGAAUGGGUGUGCUUCAAGAGUUACCAUGCAGCGGAGAAGGCCUUGAAAGCAGCUCAGUUUGCCUCGCGUGGGACUUCUAACCCCUCGCACAACCUGGACGUCCUCGUGACUGAUUUGAUGGGUCACUUCCGUGACAAGACCGUCACUGACCGCGCUCGUCAACUGAACAUACUGGUCGAUGUGAACGACUGUAUGUAUCCAGGGGCAAGUAUAUUUCGACACAGAGUCCCAUGUGAACGGUUCUCCCAGUCCGAUGCAGAGAGAGCCAGGCAAUGUGCUAGUGACAUCGUAGAAGAAAUCCGAAAGCAUUUCAAAUUCUAGAUCUUCAGCGACAGUGGUAUUAGUCAGCGUUUAUCUUAUUAAAUAUGUUGGUGCUUGCGUUGUAGACAAAAUGUGUGUACUAAACAUAUUCUUGGUAAGCAGAAUACGAUCUCGAUAUUCUGAGAUUCCGAAGCACUUUUUGGUCAUGAAGGUAAUGGUCCCAAUCUCAAGCACCAAUUCUCAUGAGAAUAAUGAUGCAUGAUAAAAAGCAACUUAUUGACUAAUUUAGAGUACCAGAAAGGUUAUUGUAAGCAAAUGGUACUUGAUUAAAGAGAACGAGAAAAUAUGGCAAAUAAAUGAGAGGCUCCUUUGAUUAUAUUUGCACGAUCUUUCGAUAUAUUGCAACGAUGUAGGCCUGUCUAUAAUAAUAACGUGUGUAAUUGAAAUUACUCCACAAACGGGAAUAUUUCUUAUUAUAUCCCACUACGUUACCUGCAUUUUAUAUUCAUUAGCUGUUCAUAAUCAUUUACAGAUCCAUUGCAUUGUAAUAAAACAAUUUUCAUCAGAUUACAACUCUUAGCGCAUGGAUACGAUGUACAUUUAUGUAAUAUUCCACGGAAUAUUACCAAUAUUACUAUAUCUUCGAAAGUCAUCAAUAUAAUUGUUUUAUCCUGCUUCAACUUGAGAUCUUAAGAAUAUGACCUCGCUUCAAUAGACUUAAAUUAACCGAAAUAGGAUAAUUGCACAACUGGUUUCUUUUAUCCUCCUGAUGCAUACUCCCAGAAGAAGAAUUCUCAAAUAAUGAUAUGAUCGACCCCUGAACAAGAUUGGCAGUUAUUGUGAUUACUAUUCUUAUUUGUUUUGAUUUACUAAUCAAUGAUAAACACAUUGGAACCAUAUGUAUAUUUAGUCAUGUUAUAUUUUUCAGCGCGUGUUGAAAUAGUUGUGAUCAACUGAUAAAUCAAUACUUAAUUUUUAAUCAUGUUCAUUGUAUUAGAUGUGCUUGUUAAGAAGGUAAAUUUAUACGUGUAUAUAUCAAAAACUUUGUCAAUACUUCAGUUUCUUCAGUUUAUACAUCAUAAAUGGUUACAAAGCAAGUGCUUUUUCAUUCAUUUGAAUAAAUAAUUAUCCAGAUGAAUUCUAUGUUCGAAGCACUAUAUCGUCCUACAAUGAAUUUAUGCUUCUUAAUAUUUUUUAAUUGUUGUAUUUAGAUUUCGCCUUUAAUUUCAUGUUGUUGUACAGCCUUUUAGUAAUCCAGCCAAGUAGAUGGACGGGAUUUAUAUUUAAUGUGUUUUAUAUAAAUGAAUGGAUCAAUUGAUUAAAGAGCGAAAACGAUAAUGGCUUUCGUUCUAAAUCUACGGAUCAUAUAAUGUUAUACAAUGUCAUAAUGUGUAAUGCCAAUAAUAUUUCGAUUUCUAAUUUCAAGCUUUUAUUGUGACAUAUAUUAUGUUUAUUGUACAUUCAAAGAAAUUUUUACCAUGCGUUUGUUUGUAGAGGUCGCUGUGUAAAUAAUGAAUUCCACGUGUUGAAUGGCAUUUAUAACAUUUACAUAAUCCACUUCAUGUGGUUAUGAGUAAAUAUGAUAUUACUAUUCAGAAUUUGCAUACAAUUUUCACUUAUUAUACCUUUCUCUUGUAUCAUAUCCUUACAAAACUCUGAAGUAGGCUAUACAAUGAUACAAUGCCAUUUCCUUGAAUUCUUGUCUUUAUUGUAUAAAAUGAUGUAAUCAAUCUUUAUUGAUACAUCGAUGGACGUACUUUAUACUGUAUAUAAUUGAAUCGUUCAGGAUUCAGAUUGGGGAUUCUUUGUUACGUGCAUUUCUUGAAAGCUUUAAUUAGUCAGAAUAGUUAUAUCAGCAAGAUUUUCCACACACACACGAAAAAAAAUUAUAUACAGAUAUAUGUAUAUAUACACUAUUGUACUUUUCUGUCAUCAUGCUCUGGCAGAUAUGAAGAGAUCACUUAUACUGUGAUAUUGAAGUUGGAAAUAUUGUCAAUGUAGCGCGUGCUUAAAUUCUUCUUGAACUAUAACGCCGUCAAUAAGAACCUGAUGGGUAAUACUGAUCGGCUUUUUUUUGUAAAUAUUUUCUCGGAUGGCAUUAUGAAUAAAUGAUUUAAUGAUAUUAUGCAUUAUUGACUUUCUAUAUUAUUGACAUUGGGUAUGCACUGGAAGAUGUAGAGAUAGUUUAUUAUAACGUCAAACUGUAGUUAAUGGAAUAGUAAUCUUUUUCUUGCGCUGUAUUGUUCAUGGUAUGGUAUUUUUAUGUAUAUGUGAAAGAGACAUACUAGUUUGUAUGUGUAUUAUUAACUACUUUACAAGCCGUUCAUAAAGGAAAUGUUUGUAAUACACAUUCUAAUGAAGUUUUCAUUUGCAAAAUAAAACUUAGACAAGAGAAUACUAUUCAAAACAGCAUUCGAUGAAACUGAUCCGUAUGUUUAUGAGCAAUACAACGGACUACAAGCUCGAGUUAUAUUUCCCAGUGUCGAUGAAUCAUGAUAAUUACAUUUGUAUAAAGCUCAAUUACAUAGGCCAAUCAAAUUGAUGUUGUAUUUUAGAAGACUAUGAAUAAUAUUUGUAUUUUUAUGACGUAAUUAUGCCAGUAGCAACAACAAUUCUGUCUGUAUUACUAACUUCAUCCUUAUUUCAGUUACUUAUACUUGUUUUCCAAGUAAUGACGAUGGAAAAUUUUAUACACAUUUUACAUAAUUAUACCCAAGUGUUUCCAGUAUUUUUCAUUAUAUAUUUACAAUGACAUUACGUUAUUACGUAACUUGUCAACGAAACAUACACAUUAACCAGAUAUGAUCUCUCUCCUUUGAGAGGUAAACCACCUAUUUCGUAAUGCAAUGCGGCAAUAGGUUAGUGAUAUUUUUUAAUGUCAAUUAUCACUUCAAUAGGUUGUGAUUUAUUGUCGGUGUAUUACUAUACACCGUGUAAUAUAUACAAAUAUGUAGUCGUUUUCAUGUUUAUCAUUGUCUUGCUUUAUUGAAAUCAUGUAUGAUCACUUCGAUAGUUCAACUGCUUAUCAUACAUCAGUUUGAGAAACUUUAAUUGAUGAUGAUUAGUAGCGAUCCGUAGUGCAGGCCUAUUUGUAUUUGAUUGUACUGGAUGCAUAUACAUGUAAAUAUACAGUGUCUUUGUAGUCACGAUGAUAUAAUAUAAUCGCAUACAUUUAGAGAGGCACUUUCCCUGAAGAACAUUUGUAAAUUCAGUUCAUUAUAAGAAAUCUAUCAAGAAUGUUGUACUAAAACUGGAUAUGGUAUUACACAAAUUUACUUCUUGAAACUUUUGAUGCAUGAUUACUAGGCAUAGCGAUAUUUGAUAUUGAUAGUAUAUUGUUAUAAUAAACCAUGACUUCCUAUAUUAUUAUGAAAGGAUAUUGUUCACCAUUGAAAUACAAACAGAAUUUGUUUGUGGUUGAUGUAAAUAAGAGUACUCCUUUUUCUUGUUUAUCUUUAUCAUGUUUCAUUUAGCGGCAAUGUAUAUCUUGUACAAAAGCAAAAAUAUCGACGGUUUAAGCACGUACAUGUAUAUUGGUUAAUAUCAAUAAUGUCUAUGAAUGUUAUAUCUCUUAUAUUAUGUUUGGAAUUUGAUAGGUUUGUGACUUUGAAUUUGCUUGUUGUAUACACGUGAUUGUUUACAAGCACAACAUAAUCUGUAUUUUCAUUUAUUUUGGAACUAUCGUAUGAAAUAGUGAACAUAACAUAACGAGUUACUUUGUUCGAAUCAGGAUUAUGAUGUACAUAGUAGUAUUUUCGAUUUCUUUACAAAUCUAUAGCGCAUAACAGACAUAUUAUAAAUGCAGGUUGUUUCUUCAUUUUUUAAACUAAUAUCAAUGUACAAUGAACCUUUGCUUAGUGUAAAUAAUGUAUUUGACAAGUUAAGUCUGCGCUGAGAUUUGUAUGUAUAAUGAUAUUGCGACAUAUAUUUUUUUUGUCAGACAACAAAUUCCUUCUGAAGUUCAAAACUCAAAUGCCAAACAAAAAUUGUUCGUCUUUUUGUAAAGUCUGGUUACAUUCUCCGGUUAUAAACAAAUAUUGCAAACUGUAUCAAUAAUGUAGAGAUAGUUUUAAAUGAUUUUUUAGAGUUGUUAUGCUAUUUGGAAUGAAUAAAUUCUUCUGUGUGCAUACAUUAAGGAAAAUACACUGUACAUACGUUUUUUCCCAAAGAGCAUUGGGUUAACUCUAGUUUUAUGGCCAGUUGGUAUUUUCUAAAUGUCAAGCCUUUUCACUUUAGUCAUAUAUUAUGAGGAAUGUUACUAAAGAUUCAACAUCAUGUGAAAGUUAUUCUACGGGAAAUUACUUAUCUGGUUUCUAUCUGACAUUUUGAGCAAGAAGGAGCAUCUUAUAACUGGUAUUUCAAAGUUUGCAUUGCGUUGCGUAUAAUGAUGUCCUGUAUAUAACGUGUGCACUAACUGUAUACUGUAUAUAAAUUAUGAAACAGUUUUCACUAAAAAUAAAAAUUGUUUGAUGUCUUGUCACACAAGAGAACAUCUUGUCUUGAUAUUUGCACAUGAAGAAAAAAUUUAAUGGAGAUUACAAAGCUUGCAUUCCGUUUUGGUAUAUUAAUUUUUCAAUACCAAAUAUGUAUUUUUAAAAUAUCGCUAAGCCAUUGAUACUAAAUAUGACAUGUUUUUAAGAUGUAUUAUUGUGAUGCAAAUACUACGAGGAAAUGUGUGUUGUAUAUAGAUUUGAUCAAUGGCAUAUGAACUGAGUCAUUCUUUGGUUUAAGAGAUUUAACUUGCUUUGAAAUACAAUUCGCUCUACAGGAGUACUGGUAAAAAGGGCCCAUUGUGGUUUUACAAUUGUGAAUGACUUGCUUUGUCUGAAAUGCAUUUUCUUGAUAUGUGAUAUGUAAGUAUAUUACAAAUGUUACCUUUUCACUUGCAAAAUUCCAUGUUCCAACCCGUGUCAGUUAUGCUAUUGAAACAUGAAGCCGUUUCAUAUAUUUUGAAUAUUAUUGUGGUACAUUCAUAUAUAGCCUAUAUGAGCGUUAUAAAUGUGCAUAGAAUAUCAGCUGUUUAGUUUGAGAUAUGAAUAAAGAUCUGCAAAUUAUGAAGAAGAAAAAAAACUUGCAGUUCACCAUUGUAUUACUGCUAAAAAAGAAAAAAAAGAUAGAAGUUCUUCCCUAUACUGAGAGGAUGUUACGAGUCAUGGUAUAAAUUAUGUAAUUAUGUCUAAGAUCAGUAAUCUGAUCAUUCUGUCUUACAAAUAUACUUUGUAAAGUUUAUCUGUUAUAACUAUACCUGUGGUUUGUCAAUCUCUUUAAGAAGGAGAACUGGCAUUGUUCAUGAUAUAAAAUGAAUAAUCAUUUUUGAUUUUAUGUAGGAUUUAUUGAUAGUUAUGAAUGAAGAUAAAGCGUUGUCGAAUAAUAUAGCAAUAUCACAAUGAACAUUAAUGAAUGUGUAAGUUGGAAAGAGAAUAAAUGUUGAUCUUCCUUGAAAAAUAA